UUUUUUUUUUAAAAGAAAAAGAAAAAGAAAAAAAGAAUCUUAUACACGUUCCCCUCUGAUUUUGCCACCUUACAUUUCAUAAUUUAUUUUAUUUCCUAUAAAUUCCUCUCGCUCACACCAAUCUUCACACUUCUCUCGUGAACUCCUCGAAGAAUCUCAAAUUCUCUGUACAAACAUGGUGAAGUUUAACGUCACUCGCAAGGAGACUUCGCCUAUCGACGGCCAGAAGCCUGGCACUUCUGGCCUCCGCAAGAAGGUGAAAGUGUUUAAGCAACCAAAUUACCUGCAAAAUUUUGUUCAGUCAACAUUCAAUGCCCUUACACCAGAAAAAGUUAAAGGUGCUACACUUGUUGUUUCCGGCGAUGGCAGAUAUUACUCGAAGGACGCCAUUCAGAUUAUAAUUAAGAUGGCAGCUGCAAAUGGAGUACGACGAGUAUGGGUUGGUCAAAAUGGAUUGCUUUCAACUCCUGCUGUAUCAGCUGUAAUACGUGAAAGGGUUGGGGCUGAUGGAUCCAAGGCAACAGGGGCAUUUAUAUUGACUGCAAGUCACAAUCCAGGUGGUCCUCAUGAGGAUUUUGGUAUUAAAUACAACAUGGAAAAUGGUGGACCUGCUCCAGAGGGAAUCACUGACAAGAUCUUUGAGAACACAAAAACAAUUAAGGAGUACUUGGUUGCUGAAGAUCUACCAGAUGUGGAUAUCUCGGCUAUAGGUGUAACCAGCUUUGGGGGAGCAGAGGGACAAUUUGAUGUUGACGUUUUUGAUUCAGCCAGUGAUUAUGUGAAAUUGAUGAAGUCAAUUUUUGACUUUGAGUCUAUUAAGAAGCUGCUUUCAUCUCCAAAAUUUACAUUCUGCUAUGAUGCACUUCAUGGAGUUGCUGGUGCCUAUGCAAAACGUAUUUUUGUGGAAGAACUUGGUGCACCAGAAAGUUCAUUAUUAAACUGCGUACCCAAGGAGGACUUUGGUGGUGGGCAUCCAGAUCCCAAUUUGACUUAUGCAAAAGAAUUGGUUGCUCGUAUGGGAUUGGGCAAAGCACCUUCUCAGGAUGAGCCACCAGAAUUUGGUGCUGCAGCUGAUGGUGAUGCGGAUCGUAACAUGGUCCUUGGUAAAAGGUUUUUUGUUACUCCCUCAGAUUCAGUUGCCAUCAUUGCUGCAAAUGCAGUUGAAUCCAUACCCUAUUUUUCUUCUGGUUUGAAGGGAGUUGCCAGGAGCAUGCCAACAUCAGCUGCCCUUGAUGUUGUAGCCAAACACUUGAAUUUGAAGUUUUUUGAGGUACCUACUGGGUGGAAAUUUUUUGGUAAUUUGAUGGAUGCUGGAUUAUGUUCAGUAUGCGGGGAAGAAAGUUUUGGGACUGGUUCUGAUCAUAUACGUGAGAAAGAUGGAAUCUGGGCUGUUCUCGCCUGGCUAUCCAUACUUGCUUAUAAGAACAAGGAAAACCUCAAUGGGGAUAAGCUUGUGACUGUUGAAGAUAUAGUGCGCAAGCAUUGGGAAACUUAUGGUCGCCAUUAUUAUACUCGUUAUGACUAUGAGAAUGUGGAUGCAGGUGCAGCAAAGGAAUUAAUGGCACAUUUGGUUAAGUUGCAAUCUUCCAUUCCCGACGUUAAUAAACUUGUGAAGGAGAUACAUUCAGAUGUGUCAAAUGUUGCCAGUGCUGAUGAAUUUGAAUACAAAGAUCCUGUUGAUGGUUCCAUCUCAAAGCACCAGGGUAUCCGAUACUUGUUUGAGGAUGGAUCACGAUUGGUUUUCCGCCUCUCAGGAACUGGCUCCGAAGGUGCAACCAUCCGUCUCUACAUUGAACAAUACGAGAAGGAUCCUUCCAAAACUGGGAGAGAUUCUCAAGAGGCACUUGCUCCUUUGGUGGAGGUUGCUCUAAAACUUUCCAAGAUGCAGGAAUUCACCGGCCGCUUAGCACCUACUGUUAUUACAUAAAUGCACAGUGUUGAUAUACACACCAAGUUUGAAAGUGUUCUCGAGUAAUAAUAAAAAAAUCCGGUUGUGUCGAUUUCAGGUGCAGAACAAUUGGAAACUUAUCCAAAACUCAUACUUUGUUCAUUACCGAGUUAGAUGUUUUAUAUAUGUUUGUUGUUCUGGUGCCUUAUUAUAAACAGAUGAAGAGCUUUGUGACUCAGAGCAUUUCCUGAUCAAAAGUUUUGUUGUUCUAAAUAAAUUAUGAACGUGCCUUAUUACUUUC